ACCUGCUGUACCUGUUGAAUGAAGGCUGCGUCCAUAGUUGCAGGUUAAAGCGACAGUUUGCUGCAAGAGGAUCCCCCACCCCAGCUACAAGAUGUCAGGCACUUCAAGACAUGACCGAGAAAUGGCCAUGCAGGCAAAGAAAAAUCUUGCUACGUGUACAGAUCCUGUGGAGAAGUUGCGUCUGCAGUGCCUGUCCAGGGGUUCUGCUGGUAUCAAAGGUUUGGGCAGAAUAUUUCGAAUUAUGGAUGACGAUAAUAACAGAACCCUCGAUUUCAAAGAGUUUUCUAAAGGACUAAAUGAUUUUGGUUUGAUGAUGGAAAAGCAGGAGACUCAAGAAGUAUUCAGCAUAUUCGACAAAGAUGGUAGUGGUACAAUAGAUUUUGAUGAAUUCCUUGUCACAUUACGUCCAGCUAUGUCCAACGCAAGGAAAGACGUCAUCAAUCAAGCAUUUAGGAAGCUGGACAAAAGUGGAGAUGGUAUUGUAACAAUUGAGGAUUUACAAGGUGUAUAUAAUGCAAAAUACCAUCCAAAAUACAAGAACGGGGAGUGGACAGAAGAUCAAGUUUUUAGGAGUUUUCUUGAUAAUUUCGAUUCUCCGUAUGACAAGGAUGGCAAGGUUACAAAAGAGGAAUUUCUGAAUUAUUAUUCUGGAGUUAGUGCCUCUAUCGACAGUGAUGCCUACUUUGUACUGAUGAUGUCAAGUGCCUGGAAAUUGUGAUAAAUGUAUAUUUUAAGAUGUUUUGUUUCUGUUUUUGUUCACUUGAAUAAUAGAUUGUUUCAGCCCAUAACACCAGAAAAUAUCUAACAUGGCGUGUAGCAUUAAAGUGUCUUGCUUGAUAUGUGUGCCAUUACAACUUAGAAAGUGAUGAAAACCGGGUUUAUUGUUAUAUAUUUAUAUGACUUGCAGUAAAUUCGGGCUAGCUACAACUGAGGAUUUUGCUAUUUCUAAGGGAAAAAAUAUCACACCGAGCACAUGCAACAACCAGGACAUGCCUAGAAUGUUUUAUAUUCUGUAUUCAGGACUUAAAUCCCACCCAACAAUUUGGCCCCAAUUUAUAUCUCUCCU